CCGUCUCGCUGGUCGCUGUAGUCAGUGCCCGGCUAGUCCAGAACUUUCCUGGCGGAACACGGUCUGUUGUACCAGAAGCUUUCCUGUGUUUACAGCCGCGGUGACCCCGGAUACGGGCUGACAGACGGCUUGCGGGGCUAACGGCAGUUACAGUGCUGUGAUCACACGUGAUAUACCGGGCACCAUGACAGAGGCGUCCUCCUGUACACUAUCUUUUCGUGACAAUGACAUUGUUACAGAUCCACAGAAAUCUCUGGAGGAGCUGACAGAGGCCUUGGGGGAGAAGCCAGACAAUGCAGAAUACUACUGCCAAAGAGCAUAUGCCCACAUACUGCUGCAGAAUUACACCGAUGCUGUUUUGGAUGCGAAGAGGUCCCUCGAGCUGCAGCCUAACAAUGCGAAUGCUUUCCUCAGGAAGGGGGAGGCUGAAUUCCAUUUACAGAAUUAUACAUCUGCUGAAGAUGCAUUUAAAAAAGGACAUGAGCUAGAUCCAUCAAAUUCAGCUUUUUCUACAUGGAUUCAAAAAUGCCAAGAACAAUUAAAUGUAUCACCAAGACCUGAACAGCCCUCAAAUCAACAGACCUCGUCAAAAUACAAAUACGACUGGUAUCAAACAGAGUCUCAAGUCAUCAUUACCGUAAUGAUCAAGAACAUACAGAGGGAUGAUGUGCAAGUACAGUUUUCUGAAAAAAAGCUAAAUACACACGUGACGCUUCCAUCUGGGGGAAACUACAGCCUAAACUUGUGUCUCCUGCAUCCUAUUGUACCAGAGCAGAGUACAUUCAAAGUCCUUUCAACGAAGAUUGAGAUAAAAAUGAAGAAAACGGAGGCAAUACGGUGGGAGAAAUUAGAGGGCCAGGAAGAGAGUCAUUUAAAACACUUUAAGCCAGAAUCCACGCACAAGUAUCCUUCAUCCUCUCAUUAUACAAAGAACUGGGAUAAGCUGGUGGGUGAGAUCAAAGAGGAGGAGAAGAGUGAGAAAUUGGAGGGCGAUGCAGCAUUAAACCAACUGUUCCAGCAGAUUUACUCGGAUGGGAGCGAUGAAGUGAAACGUGCCAUGAACAAGUCAUUUAUGGAGUCUGGAGGCACGGUUCUGAGCACCAACUGGACAGAUGUGGGCAAAAGGAAAGUAGACGUGAAUCCUCCAGACGACAUGGAAUGGAAGAAGUUCUAAGCGUCUCCAUAGACGAGUGUCAGAACAGUGCUGUUGUGUUUCCAUCUCCCUGCACCCUUUGUGUGUUUUCCUGUUCUUUCUUUCUUUGGCCAGACCGCUGUGUGUCAGUCACUCAUGUUCGGGGUUGCCUUUGUGCUGAAUUGCCAGACCGCCAUAUCCGGUAUAGUGUGCUGGAGGAGCAGGCCAACAGUUUGUGUGGUGAUUGAUGAUGCACUUCCAAUUGGCUGUUUUAUUUGAUGUAGGAGUGAUAAAGCUGGUCUGUUGUAAAUCAAAGUGACCUGCUUUAUUGCUGUUUUAUGCAUAAUAAAAAUACACUUUUGUUUUUUCAAUAAA